CAUGUGACUUUCACAUGUUUUGAUUGGGAAAAAGUAAAUUGAUUUUGAUACAAUUAAGUUAAUUGUAUUAUAAGAUCAUGAGAAAUGGUUUAUUUAAAAGGUAUUAUAGUACGAAAAAUUCAUCCAAGAGAUGGUCACAAACUGUAACUAUACCUAAAAGUGACCUUCCAAACCGACGGACACCAAAAUCUGAGACUGAUUUUCUUGAGAAAUCUUGUUUUAAAAAUGUUUAUUCACAACAAUUGAAUCGAAAUUGUGAUAAAAAAUUCAUCCUUCAUGAUGGACCACCUUAUGCAAAUGGAUCGAUCCAUUUUGGUCAUGUUAUCAACAAGACUCUUAAAGAUAUUAUCUGUCGGUAUAAAAUGCGACAAGGUUAUCAGGUCAAUUUCAUUCCAGGUUGGGAUUGUCAUGGAUUACCAAUUGAAUUGAAGGUGUUCAAAGAUUCUGACAAAUUAACCGGACAAUUAGAACCAUUAGAAAUCCGUUCUAAAGCCAAACAAAUCGCUCAAAAUGCAAUCGCUGAUCAGGUAAAGGUUUUCAAACGAAUGGGAAUCGCUGCUGAUUGGGACUCUCAUUACACUACAUUUUCAAAUCACCAUGUAGUUAAUCAACUUGAUUCAUUCAAGAAUUUGUAUCAAAAGAAGUUAAUUCAUCGGAGUUUUCUCCCUAUUUAUUUUUCACCAUCUAACAAGACAACUUUAGCCGAAUCCGAACUUGAAUAUAAUCAAGAACAUGUUAGUCCGUCAAUUUUUUUCCAAUUCAAAGUGAAUCAUCAAAUUACUCGUAAAUUUGAUUAUGAUAUUUACGCUUUAAUUUGGACAACCACUCCAUGGACUUUACCUGCUAAUCAAGCGAUCGCUUUUUCUCCAGAUAUAAAAUAUGCUCUGACCUUAGCGAGUGGACUAUCUCGUUAUUUUAUCAUCGCUCAAGAGACAAUACCAAUGCUUGAAUCUAAGAUUGGGUCAUCGUUAAUUGUUGAAUCAAUAUUGACCAAUGAAGAUCUUGAAAAUUUUUCAUACUCUCACCCAAUGAAGCCUAAUUCAAGUCAACCUUUUCUCCGUGCCGAUUAUGUUACAAUCUCUAAAGGUACUGGUCUAGUACAUUGUGCACCAAACCAUGGACGGGAAGAUUUUGAUCUUGCUAGAAAACAUGGAUUGCAAAUAAAUUGCUGUCUUGUUGAUGAUAAUGGUAAUUUUAUUACCGGAAUUGAUUCUCGAUUAGAUGGUAAAUCAGUUAUUGAUCAUGGAUCGGAAAUUGUCAUGGACCUUUUAAAAAGGGACAUUGUCCAUCGAGAGAAAAUUGUUCACAGUUAUCCAUAUGAUUGGCGAAGUGGAAAACCGGUCAUAAUUAAGACGAGUCUCCAAUGGUUUAUCAAUGUAACUCGAAUUCGUGAAAAGUGUUUAACAGAAUUGGACCAAGUACAAUUUUUCCCUCCAGGGAUAAAGAAUAAAAUUUCCGAUGAAAUAAGUAAAAGACCAGAUUGGUGCAUCUCAAGGCAAAGAAUCUGGGGUGUCCCAAUUCCCGUAUUCUAUCAUAGAACUGACCUUGAACGAAUUAAUCCAAUCAUAUCUUCAGAAUCCAUUGAUUAUCUUGUAAACCAUGUAAAGGAAAAAGGAAUCGAUACCUGGUGGGAAUCGCCUGUUAAUCAAUUGAUUCCUGAAAAUAUUUGUCAAUCUCUCAAAGUCAACAGCAAUGAUCUAGUCACUGGUCGGGAUAUUUUCGAUGUUUGGUUCGACAGUGGAAUGACCUGGAAUUCAGUUCUAAAAGGCAAUAAAAUGGCCGAUCUUUACCUCGAAGGAGUUGAUCAGUGUCAUGGUUGGUUCCAAACUUCACUCCUACUAAGUGUUGCUCUUCGUGAUAAAGCUCCUUAUAAAUCAGUUUAUGUUCAUGGAUUUGCUGUUGAUUCGAAUGGUCAUAAAAUGUCCAAAUCGAUUGGUAAUGUUAUUGAUCCUUUACCUCUCAUUGAAUCAAAAUACGGUUGUGAUGUAAUCAGAUUAUUUAUUGCACGCUAUGGAUCACAUCAUGGUAACGUCAAGGUAGAUGAUGAUAAAUUGAAAUCGAUUAAUGAAUUACUUUUAAAGUUUCGUAAUGUACUCAAGUUUUGCCUUGGAUCAUUGGCCGAUUUUGAUUGUUCAAAAAAUUAUAACCAAUCAAAUUUAAUCAAUCGAUAUAUGGCCAAUCAAAUUUGGCAUUUCAACCAAUUGUGCCAAGAGAAGUAUUCAAAUAACGAUUUUCGUUCAAUCGUCACCGAAGUAACAACUUUUUUGGAAGAUUUUUCUUCCUUUUAUUUAAAAAUCGUCAAAGACAGUUUAUAUUGUGAUUCUUUGGAUUCAAUUGAUCGUCGUUCUACUCAAACUGUAAUCAAUUAUUUGCUCGAAACUUUAAACAAUUUCCUAAGUCCAAUAAUUCCCUUUCUUUUCGAGGAAAUUAAUUUGAUUCGACAAAAAGACGAUAAUGCAUCGAGCUGUUUAUUACAAGGAUGGUUUGAAUGUCCAGUUACAUGUAAAAAUGACCAAGUCUUAUUGGCCAUGGGCAUUAUAAGAAGGCUAAAGGAAACUAUUGAUAAUGAGACUGAGGAUGUUAAACAUUUUGGAAAACCAUUUACAAUUACAAUUGUUUGCCAUCGAGAAUCUGAUUAUCAAAUUUUAAAGGCCAUCGGAUCUUUAUCUCAUCAUUCAUUGGAACACGAUAUGGCCAAGAUUUUGCAGGUAUCCAGUGUCCAGUUAAUUGAAUCAAUUAAUUUAGAGGAAUCAGCUGAUUGUGACAAAAAGAUUGAGUGUCAAGAGGAUUUCCCAUUCACCUUAUUACUGAACAAAUCUAAACACUUACCUUGUCCUCGUUGUCGUCGUUAUUUAUCAAACCAAUUAGAUCAUCUUUGUGAUCGUUGUAAUUUAGUCAUUAACAACAAUUUAAUAUAAUUUAAUAUUCUAAAGGUUUUAUUAUCAUUUUUUUUUGGUAACAAUUUAGUUCUUAAUAGUUUAUUGUAUCAAUAAUAUAAUACAUAUGAUCUCAGUGAUGAUAACUUAGCCUGACCUUUUGAUUAUUCAAGUUAAUUACUGAAUUAAAGCGAAAUGAUCAAUAAAUUGUAAGCAAAAAUCAUCAA